AUGGCGACGUCCCGCGCUGCCCGCGCCCUCCUCCUCCUCCUUCUCCUGCUCUGCCUGCCCGCGCUGCGGCGGGGGGCGCGGGGCGGCGGGCAGCGGCCGCGGGGCUGUCCUGCGCCGUGCCGCUGCGAGCAGGAGGGCAUGCUGCUGCGCGCCGACUGCUCCGACCUGGGGCUGACGGCCGUGCCCGCCAACCUCAGCGCCUUCACCUCCUACCUUGAUCUCAGUAUGAACAACAUUACUAAGCUGCCCUCGAACCCCGUGCACAAUCUCCGCUUCCUGGAAGAGCUACGUCUUGCAGGAAAUGGCUUGACAUACAUUCCUAAGGGAGCAUUUGCUGGCCUUUUCAGUCUUAAAGUGCUAAUGCUGCAGAAUAACCAGCUACGCCAGGUUCCUACUGAAGCACUCCAGAACUUGCGCAGCCUGCAGUCUCUACGCCUGGAUGCCAACCACAUCAACUAUGUGCCCCCCAACUGCUUCAAUGGCUUGGUCUCCCUUAGGCAUCUGUGGCUAGAUGAUAAUUCCUUGACAGAAAUACCCAUCCAAGCUUUUAGAAGCUUACCAGCACUUCAGGCAAUGACACUGGCACUGAAUAAAAUUCAUUACAUACCAGACUAUGCUUUUGGAAACCUCUCCAGUUUGGUAGUUUUACAUCUCCAUAACAAUAGAAUCUAUUCCCUGGGAAAGAAAUGCUUUGAUGGGCUCCACAGCCUAGAGACUCUAGAUUUAAAUUACAACAGUCUGGACGAGUUCCCCACUGCUAUCAGGACACUAACAAACCUAAAAGAACUAGGAUUUCAUAGCAACAACAUCAAGUCGAUACCCGAGCGAGCGUUUGUAGGUAAUCCAUCACUUAUUACAAUACAUUUUUAUGAUAACCCCAUCCAGCUUGUUGGAAAAUCUGCUUUUCAAAACUUACCAGAACUCAGAACUCUGACUUUAAAUGGUGCCUCACAGAUAACAGAGUUUCCUGAUCUGACUGGGACUACAAGUCUGGAGAGUUUGACACUCACAGGAGCACAGAUCACCUCUCUCCCCAGAUCAGCUUGUGACCAGCUACCUAACCUCCAAGUGCUAGAUCUGUCUUAUAAUCUGCUGGAAGAUUUACCCUGUUUUACUGCAUGUAAAAAGCUACAAAAAAUUGACUUGCAUCAUAAUGAAAUUGAUGAAAUCAAAGCAGACACAUUCCGGCAGCUGGCUUCUCUUCGUUCUCUGGAUUUAGCUUGGAACAAAAUUAAAAUUAUUCACCCCAAUGCCUUCUCCUCUUUACCAUCUCUGAUCAAACUGGAUGUGUCAUCCAACCUUUUGUCCUCUUUUCCUGUGACGGGGCUACAUGGUCUAACUCAUUUAAAAUUAACAGGAAAUCAUGCACUACAAAGUUUGAUAUCAUCUGACAAUUUUCCUGAACUCAAGGUCAUGGAAAUGCCUUAUGCUUAUCAGUGCUGUGCCUUUGGAGCUUGCGAGAGCCACUACAAAAUCUCCAGCCAAUGGAACAAAGAUGAGAAUAGCAGCACUGAUGAUUUUUCCAGGAAGGAUAUUGGGUUGUUACAAAUUCAAGAUGAGCGAGACUUUGAAGAUUUUCUUCUCGACUUUGAAGAAGAUUUGAAAGCUCAUCAUUCAGUGCAGUGUUCACCUUCUCCAGGUCCCUUCAAACCGUGUGAUCAUCUCUUUGGUAGCUGGCUUAUCAGAAUUGGAGUAUGGACCAUCGUCGGUUUGACCUUCGUUUGCAAUGCAUUGGUGACAGCUACAGUUUUCAGAUCUCUGUUGUAUAUGUCCUCCAUAAAGCUUUUGAUUGGUCUAAUAGGUAUUGUAAAUGCCUUGAUGGGUCUUUCCAGUGGAGUACUGGCUAGUGUGGAUGCAUCGACUUUUGGUAGCUUUGCUCAGUAUGGAGCACAGUGGGAAAGUGGAAUUGGUUGCCAAAUGACUGGUCUUCUCUCCAUUUUUGCUUCAGAAGCUUCCAUUUUCCUCCUUACCCUAGCUGCGCUUGAGCGCGCAUUCUCUAUAAAGCAUGCUACAAAGUUUGAAACAAAAUCCUCUAUUGCUAGUGUAAAAAUUGCCAUUUUCUUUUGCUUUAUGUUGGCACUUGUCAUUGCAGUGAUACCUCUCCUCACUGGGAGUGAGUAUGGGGUUUCUCCACUUUGUUUGCCAUUACCAUUUGGAGAACCCACUGCUAUGGGCUACAUGGUAGCGCUGGUAUUGCUGAACUCACUUUGCUUCCUGGUAAUGACUAUUGCUUAUACAAAGCUCUAUUGCAGUUUAGAAAAAGGAGAACUGGACAGUAUUUGGGAUUGCUCUAUGGUCAAACAUAUAGCCUUGCUGCUUUUUACUAAUUGCAUUCUUUAUUGCCCUGUGGCCUUCUUGACUUUUUCCUCCUUACUAAAUCUUACCUUUAUCAGCCCAGAAGUGAUAAAGUCCAUACUGCUGGUGAUUGUCCCACUGCCUGCGUGUCUAAACCCACUCCUUUAUAUAUUGUUCAAUCCACACUUCAAGGAGGACUUGGGAAGUUUGCGAAAGCAAACUCUGCUAUGGAGGAGGCCAAAACAUGCUAGUCUGAUCUCUGUGAAUUCAGAAGACAUAGAAAAACAAUCUUGUGACUCAACGCAAGCACUGGUAACCUUCACAAGUGCUAGCAUAUCAUAUGACAUGCCUACCAGCAAUUCGCUCAUGCCAUCGUCUUAUCAAAUGACAGAAAGCUGCAAUAUUUCAUCCGUAGCAUUUGUUCCAUGUCGCUAGUUUCAGUGGCAGUGCAGAAAAUAUGUAUGUUUACAAAUUUUUUUUAACCCAAAAGUAAGUAUGGGUGUGUGUUUUCAAGCUAGAGAUUGCCUCUGAAUUACUGUUACAUGCAUCACAAAACAGAUGAUGACAAAACUUGCAGUAGGCUGAAAAUCCAGUAGUUUAGCCUUCUCAGCCAGUUUCAGAGCUGCUGGAAUGAAGAGAAAAUCUGAAAGCUGCAGCAGUUUCUGCAGUUGUAUUGGCGGUUCCCUUUCAAAGUAGCACUACUCAGAAAAGGCAGUUGGUUAAGAGCAAAAAUACUGUGCUGAAUUGGUAAGCUUUUUCUUUAACACAUCUUCAACACAAACAUGGCACACUUUGUUUCAUGGGUUGGGUUUUUUGUUAUUUUUUCCUGUUUAAUAUAAUUUGGUCUUAAUAAUAGAUACUCAGUGCCGAGUCUGUUUUUAUAAGCAUCAGCAUAUGGCCCUCAUUCAGCAAGAUGUCUAAGUAGAAGAGUAGUCCUGUUGGAAAACCUAAAGGUUUUUGCAGAAUAUACUUCAAUUAAG